ACAGGACAGUUGUUCGGUAAGUAUUUGUAAGGUUGAACUAAGGUAUCGUUUAAAAAUUGUCUCAAAUUAUGGAGAGCGAAAUAAUCAAUGGCAACAUUUGUAAAGCCAAGUGAUCUUUCUAUGGCAAGUACAAACUUUCUGCCGGUUGAAAAAGAUCCAACAUUUAUUAAAAUGCAAAACUCUUAACGUUUUGAUUAGCUAUUCUCAUGUUAUCAUGGAAAUUUACCACCUGUGCUAUAGCGGAUCUCUAAUACAACUCGGUUCUGGAUCAUAGCUGUUAUACAGUGCUGAACAAUGGCUGUGUUCUUUAUUUCGUGUUUUAUUUCACUUUUUGUGUUAUGCUCCUCGGCUUCUCUAGACGAUGAGCCAAUGUUCUCAAAAUUCAAGUAUGACAAGGAAAUGUUGGAGACAAUGGUAAGGAUGGAAGCUAGAAUGAAGCAAUGGGAUAAAGAAAGAAAUAUAUUCGAAGAGAAUGUCUUAUCUAUUUUGGAGCAUCGUAGGGAAGAAAUGCAAGAAUCGUUUUCUGCCCAAAAUGAAAAGUUACAGAGGAUGUUUGAAGACUACAAAGACAUACGCGAUGAUCUAACAAACAGGACUAAUCACCUAGAAAUAUUAGCAGAAACUCUGGGCGACACACCAAAAAUUGCAUUCAACGCAUACACAAGGUCUGGCGGAAGCUUCUCAGACAACCAGAGGAUCAUAUUUCCUCAUGUACUACUAAAUGAAGGCGGUGGAUACAACAAUAACACAGGGUACUUCACUGCACCUGUUUCUGGUCUUUACCAAUUCAGUGCACACAUCUGUGAAACCGGCACUAACUAUAUGAUUGUCUCCAUCGUCCAUGAAAACAAAGAAAUUGCGAUCACAACUGAGUACGAAAACGGUGGCGAUAGCUGCAGUUCGGUCAGUGCACCAGUCAUCAUGAAUGCUAAUGAACAAGUGUUCAUAAAGUCAGCCUAUAGUGCAAGCAAAUUGCAUGCAGAUGCUGAUUACAGAUGGCCAUCAUUCGCUGGAUUUCUGGUACAAAAGUAAAGUGUUAGUGUAAAAGUUCUUGGAGAAUAAAUUCGUUUUCUUAGCACUAAAUAAUUUAUUAAAUUAUAAUGUUCAAAAUAAUCUACAAAAUACAUUUACUUGUAUAUCAGACUAGAAGCACUUUAAUAUCUUUGUAUGAACAGAGAAGUUUUGUCUAGGCAAAUGUAUACAGUGUGAGCGUUUAUUCUAGGAAACAUUUUCAUAUUUUCUUUUGAUCUGAUAGUGCUCGAUGAACAAAGGUCCUUUAUACUAUGUUCUGAUGUCUAUUUCAGAUGUUUGUUUAUUCUUUACUUGCAUUCUUAGACAAAUCAAACACAAAACGAACACAUGUUAAUUUUACUGACAUUUUUAUGAAAAGAAAGUAUUUUAAUGAAAAUAACACAAAUGAAACUUAUCAAAAUAAUGCAGUCAGUUAUUUGUUUUUAAAUUGUUGUAUAGCGUAUUGUGUGUACAUCUGAUAUCUAGCACGAUAACAAUACAUGCAAUAAUUAUU